AUGUUCGCCCGUCGGCUUAUCACCAUCCUCUGCGCUUUUACCAUCUUCCGUACCCCGAGCCCUUCUGAGGACAUCGGGGAAGAUCUCCCCGACCUCGCUUCCGCCCCCGACUUGGAACGCGCCCUUUUCGCCUUGGUCUCUGAGGGCCAGAUGAUCAACUCGAUGAUCUCGGCAGUUUACGCACGCGAGGAAGACAGAGAACAGGCGCCGCUGGUGCCCAAGGCGAAAGCGGAGGCGUCGUUCGUGGCUUUGGCGAAGCAGCAUGGGAUGAAAGAAGAGAGAGCUCAAUGGCAUUGGGAUCGAUUCUGGACUCUCGUGAAGAUGCUGUUCAGGAUAUCAAGCUGCUGGGCAAAAGACUUCCCUGAGCAGAGUGUCCGAGUGGUCCUCAAAUUCCUGGGAUUCGGGGUGAAAGGGCCUAUGAAAGGUACAUCCACCGUGUCUCCAACGACGCUUGCCGCUUAUUCGAUGACAGGGUCGUUUGCAUCUUGGGCGUAAGCGCUGUUCUUUGGCGGCUACGUACCUGGAAAGAGUUGGUUCUCCCCUGCUGCAGAAAAUGGCGAUGACAUGCAUGGUACCCUGGUGGCUCAAAGUCUUGUCGCGUA